AUUUGGAAUGUUGGAGAGAAGAAAGAGUAAAUGAGAUGAAGCAUACCCAAACCCAGCAAUCGAGAGAAGGCAGGCACGAUGAUGACGACGCAUCUCUCUCUCAAUUCCUUGCCUCCCUAAUGGACUACACUCCCACCAUACCUGACGAGCUUGUGGAGCAUUACUUGGCCAAAACCGGCUUUCAGUGUCCCGACUUUCGAUUAAUUAGGCUGGUAGCUGUUGCCACACAAAAGUUUGUCGCUGAGGUUGCAACUGAUGCUCUACAGCAAUGCAAAGCAAGACAGGCAGCAGUGGUGAAAGACAAAAGGGACAAACAGCAAAAGGAUAAGCGCCCUAUAUUGACUAUAGAAGAUCUGUCAAAGGCAUUGCAUGAGUACGGCGUCAAUGUGAAGCACCAAGAAUAUUUUGCUGACAGCCCUUUGACUGGGAUAGAUCCUGCAUCAAGAGAGGAAUAAUUUGUACUUGGAUUUCUGUUGUUCCAUGUAGUGAGAUCUGUGUAACAUUACUGCUAGAUGAUUAGGUGAUGUUCAGUCAAUCUAUUGUUUUAGACUGAAGAUAUUGUUCGUAUGUAGUUUUACAUUCAUGGCAUUAUAUUGUGACUUAAAUACUGCAGACUGCAUAUCUGUUUAUUUCAA